AUGGUUAUUAAAGAUUUAUCACCACACAAUAAUUCGUUAAGAAAGAAAUAUUUAGAUUUAAUAGAUUAUGGUAAUAAAAAUCCUUUAACAGUUGAUCCAAAUUUAUACCAAUUAAGAAAAACCAUAUUAUUAGAAGGUUUACCACCCGAAACCGAAGAAGAAAUAGAAGAUAGAACCAAACAAGAUGGUUCAAAAUGUAGUUUAAGAGGUAUGAUUUGGAAAAUAUUAUUAGGUGUUGAUAAAAUACAACCUGAUAAAUAUAUAGAAUUAAUUGAAAAAGGUCCUUCAAAUAGGUAUCAAAAGAUUAGAAAAGAUAUUGGUAGAACAUUUAAUAGGGAUUCACAAUUUAGUCAAGCAGUAUCACAAGAUCAAUUAUCAAGAUGUUUAAAUGCAUUUGCACAUCAAUGUGAAGAAUUAGGAUAUGUUCAAGGAAUGAAUGCAAUUUGUGGUACAUUUUUAUAUGUUUUACCAGAGGUUGAGGCUUUUCAAUGUUUUUAUUCACUAUUAACUCAAUGUUGUCCAAACUAUUUCACAUCAAAUAUAUCUGGUGUAAAUGAUGCUUCAAAAUUAUUAGAUAGAAUUUUAGAAUUUGUUGAUCCAGAAUUAUAUGAAUAUUUACAAAAUAGAAGUUAUCAUCCACUUUUAUUUACACCACCAAUAUUAAGUUUAGGUACAGCAACACCACCAUUAGAUGAAUUAUUAAAAUUAUGGGAUUUCUUUUUAGCAUUUGGAUUUCAUUUAAAUGUAAUUUGUACAAUUUCUCAAAUUUUAUUAAUGAGAGAUGUAUUAUUAGUACAUCAAUCACCUUGUUUAUUAUUUAGAUCAUUUCCAGAAUUAGAUGCACCAACUAUUAUAAAUUUAUCAAUACACAUUAUUCGUCAAUUACCUGAUGAUAUCUAUGAUCUAUUAGUUGAUCAUCCAAUGACAAGUGUAGAUUUAACGCCAUUUGAUAGAGAUCCAAAUAAUUUAAAUAGUUUCAAUGGUAGUGGAGAGUUUGAUAAUGAUAAUGAUAAUGACAAUGGUAAUCAGGAUGAAGAAGAUGAUGAUGAUGAUGAUAUUGACGAUGGCCAUAAUGAUUAUUUUAAUGACAAUGAUGAAUAA